AUGGCUGAGGUGUCGCAGCAGCAGGCUACCGAGGCACUCGCUAGGGAGAGGCAGGCGCGGGCGCGGGAGGAGACGGUUCUGGCCCGCGAGAGGGUGGCAGAAGCCUCCCAGGCUGAAUUGGCCCACCUGGAAGGCGAGGCUGACCAGGUCCGCGCCGAACUCCAACACCGGGAGGAGGAGCUACAGAGCCAGGAGGAGGGCGUCGCCAUCAGGGAGACCAACGUCGGCAUUAAUACGGCGGACCUGGAAGCCCGGGAGGAACUGCUGAUUCUCCGGGAGACGGAGGCCGCUGAGGCGGUGCUGGCCGCGGCCGCUCGGGUGGAGCAGGCCGCCAAGUGGGAGUCCGAGCUGACCGCCCGCGAGCAGGCUCUCUCUGCCCUUGCGGAGCGGGUGAAGCGGGCUGAAGCCCAGGCGUCCGACGCGGCCGGGGGACAGGGCUUCGAGGAGCGGCUGCGGCGCGCGACGGAGGAGCUCGAGGCCGCUGAGACCAAAUGGACUAAUGUGAAGCGGAUGAUGGAAGACAUCCUCCGGCAGAUGCAGAGGUCCAUGAGGGUGGCUGGGCUAGGGCGAGUCGACGUGGAGGCGAAGGGGAUUGGCCUCGGGCGGUGCCGGUUGGAGCUACCAAUCAACACUAAUGUGUUUGGAUCCGAAUUUGAUCUCUAA